AUGAGGAACCUCGAGUUUGAUUACUCUCUCAUUCUUCUUCUGUUCAUAAUUCAUUCAUCCUGCUCUACAUCCACAAAUACUCCUCCUGAUAGUUACUUCAUUGCUUGCGGUUCUUCUAAUGACAUUACUCAUCUUCAUCGUACCUUUGUUGCUGAUUCUCAGCAACCCUCUGUUACCUUUGAUUCUGAACAUUCUGAUAUUGUUAAUUCUUCUAGAACUUUCUCCCCGAUUUACCAAUCUGCUAGAACCUUCACAACCUUAGCUUCUUACAACUUCGAUAUCGCCCACAAAGGCUGGCAUUUCAUCCGACUCUACUUUCAUCCUCUUUCCAAAAUAUUAGCUUCAGUCUCGUUCAGUGUUGUCACUGGAAGCUAUGCCCUCCUUGAUCACUUUUGCUUUAACACUUCCAAACACAAUAGUGCUUACAUGUUCAAGGAGUUCGUGAUUGAUGUCAAUACUGAUAUUUUAACCCUAACUUUUGUCCCUUCUAGAGAGUCCGAUGUUGCAUUUGUGAAUGCCAUUGAGGUUGUUUCCUGUCCCAGAUAA